UUACUAAAAUAUUUGUUGAGCUCAAAGAAUAUUUUUCUCUUAAUUUUCAAUUUUAUUGAUACAAACGAUGCUUAAAAAUAUGUGUAGAGUAUGUGGCAGAUAUGCUGCGUAUAAGAAGUCAUUAAGAAUAUUUGAAAAUAAACAUAUGCUGUGGAGUAUCCAACUUCUCACGGGAUUAAUUUUGGAAAAUACAAGUUGUUUGCCAGACCUAAUAUGCAUUUGUUGCCAGACAGAAUUACGAGAGGCAAUCAGAUUUAGCGAAAGAGUAAUAGCGGCGCAACAGCAGCUGCUAUCAGCGUUAACUGAGGAAGAGCUGCAGAAUGUAUCCGAGGAGUAUAAAGUGGCGGUCAUGGAAUAUGCUAGCAGUAGUAAUCACUCACUAAUUAAUAAAAUCACCUCAGAGACCCAAUCAGAGCCCACGGCUAUAACUGAAGAAGAACCUGUAGCAGAUGAAGAGUUGGUAAUUAAAAUUCAAGCGGAGGAGCAGGAAAUUCUUAUAGAGGAAAAUAGUCAAAAUGAUGGUCUUUUGGAAUAUAACAUAAAAAUUGAUGAUGAACUAAUUAGACAGGCAGCUGAAACACAGGAUGUCGAUACCUUCGAAGUAUUUGAGGCUCCAACUAAAGAGCAGCAGCGAAAUGAACUUAUAGACGAUACCAACGAAAAACCAAUUACCGAAGAUUAUAUUCUGCCUGAUAAAAAUUUAGAUGAGGAGUGUGCAGUUUUGGAUAGAGUACUAAACGAUGAGAUCGCCGCCCAAAGUGAGGGGAAGAAAAAGCGCGGCCGCAAACGUAUAGGAAACCUCAUAUUCGUUUGUGAUGAAUGUGGUAAUCACAUAUCUGGACGCAUGGCGUUUGAACUACAUUGCCGCCGACAUCGCGGGGACAAACAGUUUGAAUGCGACGUUUGUCAGGAUCGUUUUUGCACCAGCUCAGAACUGAAGCGUCACAUUCGUAGGCACACCGGAGAGCGUCCCUUUGGCUGCCAGUACUGUGGCCGUUGCUUCACGGACUACAGUACCCGGUUGAAACACGAGCGGACGCACACAAAUGAGCGACCAUAUGUAUGCACUAGUUGCGGCAAGGCAUUUACUACAGCUUACAUUCUAAAGAAUCACAUGCUUAUUCAUUCCGGCGAACGUGCUUUCAGUUGUGAGCUGUGCAAGAAAACCUUUAUGCGGCAAACACACCUGGCCACUCAUUGUCGGUCUAGAACGCACGAGCGCAACCUGGAGCAAGAAAACCAAAAAAAGAAAACUAAGAAUAGUGGGCGUCGCUUGCUGCGCUGCGUACUCUGUGGCAAAAAUACCGCCAGACAAAACGCAUUAAUAAUUUUUAAAAACAAUGAUAUUCUUUAUGGCAUUCAAGUCUUAACGGGAUUAAUCUUGGAAAAUGCAAAAUGCCUGCCGGAACUUAUAUGUAGCAGCUGCCAGAAAGAAUUGCGCGAAGCCAUUGCAUUUUGCGAUAAAGUAAUUGCCACACAGCAAGAACUUCUAUUAGCGUUAACUGAGGACGAGCUAAAGGAGUAUAAGACAGUCGUAGAUGAACAAGCUGUCAACAGUUGUGAGAAAUCAAUUGAUAGAAACAGCACUGAAGCUCAAGAUGAUCUAAUUGAGGAGUCGAUUAUUGAAACCAACCUGAUUGCAGACGAUAUUAUCAUAGAGGAACAAGACAAGCACGAUCAUUUACUGGAAUACGAUAUCAUCAUAAAUGAUGACACAGUCGUACAGGAAGCUGAAAUAGACGUUCGAACUUUGGAAACGAUAGAAAACUUCACUGAUGAAGACCAAUAUGUAUUGGUUAACGAACCCGAUGGAAAUACAUCUCGCGGAGAUUACAUGCUGUGUGAGAAGGAAUGGAGUGACGAAGGUAUAAUAUUAACCAAGGAAGUCAACGACGACGAAACUGUAGAGCCACAAAAUACUAUUAAAAAUAAACGAGGUCGAAAACGACACGGGAACCUAAUGUUUAUUUGCAAUGAAUGCGGAAUUAAUAUAUCCGGCCGUGUGGCCUUCGACUUGCACUGUAGACGACAUCGUGGAGAAAAGCAAUUCGAAUGCACCAAUUGCCAAAGCCGUUUUUGCACAAGCUCUGAAUUAAAGAGCCACAUGCGCAGGCACACAGGCGAACGCCCCUUUCCUUGUCGCUAUUGUGAUCGAUACUUCGCGGACAAUAGUACUCGGAUAAAGCAUGAGCGGACACACACCAAUGAGCGACCGUAUGCAUGUGAUACCUGUGGAAAGGCCUUUACCACCACCUACAUACUUAAGAAUCAUAUGCUCACUCAUUCUGGCGAACGCGCCUUUAGCUGCGAGCCGUGCAACAAAACCUUUCGACGACAUACUCAUCUUGUUACACAUUUUCGGUCUAGAGCUCACAAACGUAAACGAGACCGUCAAAGCAAGGAAAUGUUGAGUACAAGUUAACAUGACUUAAAUAGGCAUAUCUACGCUUUAAGGGUACACAGAAAUGUAUCUACUUUAAUUAUAGAAUCACGACAAAAUAAACUAAUAAAACAAGACAAAUAU